GUUUUCUCCUUAAGAGUCGGCUAUUUGAUUACCAUUGUUAUUUUGUUGAAACAGUGAUGGAAAACCUCACGCCGGAGCAAUGGCGGGAGAUCGUGAACAAGAAGAUGAAGUUCCCGCCGGCGCUCAUCACGGCCAUCCAGGAGGGGAAGGUGGAGACGGUGAGCGGCCUGCUGAACACCGGCGACGGCAUCAUCCGGCAGCUGGACGAGUCGGAGGACCGGCUGUGGCGCGAGGCCCUCAACCUGUCCAUCCGCCUGGGCAACGAGGGCGUGAUGGACGCCCUCAUCCACGGGGUCAAGUUCGACUUCCGGCAGAUCCACGAGGCGCUGCUGGUCGCCGUGGACACCAACCAGCCCCGCGUGGUCAAGCGGCUGCUGGACCGCCUGGACCAGGAGAAGGGCAACAAGAUGGACGUGCACUCCUUCUCCCAGGCCAUCUUCGACCACUCCAUCGACAACUCGCAGUUCGCCCCGGGCGUGACGCCGCUGACCCUGGCCUGCCAGAAGGACCUGUACGAGAUCGUCAGCAUGCUGACGCAGAAGGGCCACGAGAUCCCCUGGCCGCACAAGAUCUCCUGCGCCUGUCUGGAGUGCCGCAACGGCCGGCAGUACGACCUGCUCAAGUUCUCCCUGUCGCGCAUCAACACGUACCGCGGCAUCGCCAGCCGCGCCUACCUGUCCGUCACCUCGGAGGACGCCAUGCUCACCGCCUUCGGCCUCAGCAAGGAGCUCCGCAAGCUGUCCAAGAAGGAGCCCGAGUUCAAGCCGCAAUACCUGGCGCUGGAGGAGCUGUGUCAGGAGUUUGCGGUGGAGCUGCUGGGAAUGUGUCGCAACCAGAGCGAGGUCACCACCAUCCUCAACAGCGCCGGGGCGGACCGCUCGGACCCCCAGGACGAGCAGGCCUUCGAGGAGGGGAUCCCCAACCUCUCCCGCCUGAGGCUGGCCGUCAACUACAACCAGAAACAGUUUGUGGCUCACCCCAUCUGCCAGCAGGUGCUGUCCUCCAUCUGGUGUGGUAACCUGGCCGGCUGGCGGGGGAGUCGCACCGCCUGGAAGCUGCUGGUCUCCAUCACCAUCUUCGUCACCAUGCCCUUACUCUGCCUCAUCUACUGGAUCGCCCCAAAGUCAAAGUUGGGCAAGACACUGAAGAUCCCGGUCAUCAAGUUCCUGCUGCACUCGGCCUCCUACCUGUGGUUCCUGAUCACGCUGCUGGGGGAGUCCAUCACCAUGGAGCUGUACCGGGACGUGUUCGCUUCCCGCCAGCAGAACAUCCUGCACAGCUCCUUCCACAUGGUGUGGGUCGUAGGGUUCUUCUGGUACGAGUGCAAAGAGGUGUGGAUCGAGGGGCUGCGCAGCUACUUCCUGGACUGGUGGAACUGUCUGGACGUGAUGGUGCUCAGCAUGUACCUGGCCUCCUUCGCCCUCAGGGUGCUCAUCAUGCUCAAGGGACACUUCCACUGCAUGGACCUCAGCGGCAGCGCCGACUGCGUGUACUUCACCCAGACCGUGCGGGACCAGUGGCACCAGGAGGACCCCCAGCUAAUCGCGGAGGUCCUGUUUGCGGUGACCAGCAUGCUGAGCUUCACGCGGCUGGCCUACAUCCUCCCGGCCCAGGAGUCCCUGGGGACGCUGCAGAUCUCCAUCGGCAAGAUGAUCGACGACAUGAUGAGGUUCAUGUUCAUUCUGAUGAUCAUCGGGACAGCGUUCCUCUGCGGUCUGAACAAUAUCUAUGUUCCUUACGUCAUCUCACCGCGCCUCGGCAAGUUUAACGAGACCUUUCGCUUCCUGUUCUGGACCAUGUUCGGGGUGGCCAACCAGGACUAUGUGGACAUGCCGGACUAUGUGGUGGCCGAGCUGGUGGGCAGGGUUCUGUACGGCAUCUUUACCCUCGUCAUCGUCAUCGUCCUCCUGAACAUGCUUAUCGCUAUGAUCACCAACUCCUUCCAGAAGAUAGAGGACGAUGCAGACGUGGAGUGGAAGUUUGCCCGGUCCAAGCUGUACCUCAGCUACUUCAGGGAGGGGCUCACCAUGCCCGUGCCCUUCAACAUCAUCCCCUCCCCGAAGGCCACCUUCUACCUCAUCAGGGCCAUCUUCAGGCGGAUCUGCUGCUGUUGUAACUUAAGCUCUGAGAAAGAAUAUCCCCCUUUAGACCCGAUGUAUCCCCCUAUGCAGUCCAACGAGAAGGGCUCUGAGGACAGUCAGAUCUCCUACCGACAGCAGGUUAUCCGGGCUCUGGUGCAGCGCUACAUCGAGUCGGCCCGCAGGGAGUUUGAGGAGACCAAGAGGAAAGACAUCGGGAACCGCAUCUCGGCGCUGAGCAAAGUGAUGGGCCGGCUGCACAGCGAGAUGAAGGUGGUGCAGCAGCUGCUGGCGAAGGAGGGGUUCAGCGGCAAGGGGGGCGCCCCCCAGGAGGGCUCCUCCAUCCUGGGGAAAUACAUCCUGGGGGCCAAGAACAACUUUAAAGGCUUCAACAAGGACCAGACGGAGAGAGCCCUCCCUGUGACGGUGCACCACGGGCUGGAGGAGGAGGCCGCGCACCAGGGGCAGGGCGGGGACCCGGACAGAGGCGCUGCAGAGGCGGCGCCGCGGACCCCCUCGCCAGAGGAGAGCGCCGAGAGGGGGGCAGGGGGCGGAUCGGAGGGGGGGCUCGAGAGGGCGGUGGCGGCGGUGGCGGCCUGUGUCGUCAUUAACAUGGAGGAAGGUCGCGCUCCGGGCCCGACGGAGGACGAGAGAGGGGAGACGGCCGACGGGACGGAGCCGGCGGCCGACGCCGAGAACACGGCCAGCACAACCCCGGAGGACACGAGCGGAUCCACGGUGGGAGAAAAGCCCAGCGAGGAGAAGGUGGACGCGUCGGAGGCUAAGGUGACCGGCGCAAGGACCGAUACGGAAGGGAAGGGGGAGGAGACGAAACAGAAGGCGGACGGAUCCAAGAAGACAGUCGUGUGGGAGGACUCUGGGAAACCCGGGAAGGUGAAGGGGGUCCCCUCUCCGACAGGAAGCAGCAGCUCUCAGGACACUGGCUUCGGUUCACAGGAGGGAGACAGGCCUACGGCAGGACGACGCUAG